GAUGGAGCAGAGGAUGGACGGCACUACUGCCCCUAUCACUAAAUCUGGAGCUUCCAAGUUAGUUAAGAGAAAUUUCCUUGAGGCUCUAAAGUCAAAUGACUUCGGAAAAUUGGAGGCUAUUUUAAUCCAAAGGCAAAUAGAUGUGGACACAGUUUUUGAAGUUGAAGAUGAGAAUAUGGUUUUGGCAUCUUACAAACAAGGUUAUUGGUUGCCCAGUUAUAAGUUGAAAUCUUCCUGGGCAACAGGCCUGCACCUGUCAGUCUUAUUUGGUCACGUGGAAUGUCUUCUGGUGCUACUGGACCACAACGCCACCAUCAACUGUAGGCCCAAUGGCAAAACUCCUCUCCACGUUGCUUGUGAAAUGGCUAACCUGGACUGCGUGAAGAUCCUCUGCGACCGUGGAGCAAAGCUCAAUUGCUACUCCCUAAGCGGACACACGGCUUUGCACUUCUGCACCACACCAAGUUCCAUUCUCUGUGCCAAGCAACUGGUGUGGAGAGGUGCAAAUGUGAACAUGAAGACCAACAACCAGGACGAGGAGACGCCCUUGCACACGGCUGCCCACUUCGGCCUCUCAGAGCUGGUGGCCUUCUACGUGGAGCACGGGGCCAUCGUGGACAGCGUGAAUGCCCACAUGGAGACCCCGCGCAUCGCUACCUACUGGGCGCUCCGCUUUAAAGAGCAGGAGUACAGCAGGGAGCACCACCUCAUCUGCCGUAUGCUGCUGGACCACAAGGCAGAGGUCAAUGCCCGCGAUGACGACUUCAAAUCUCCGCUGCACAAGGCCGCCUGGAACUGUGACCACGUGCUCAUGCAUAUGAUGCUGGAAGCUGGUGCUGAAGCCAAUCUCAUGGAUAUCAACGGCUGCGCUGCCAUCCAGUACGUGCUGAAGGUCACCUCCGUGCGACCUUCUGCCCAGCCUGAGAUCUGCUACCAGCUGCUGCUGAACCACGGGGCAGCGCGCAUAUACCCGCCCCAGUUCCACAAGGUGAUACAGGCUUGCCAUUCUUGCCCCAAAGCGAUUGAGGUCGUCGUCAAUGCCUAUGAACACAUCAGGUGGAACAUAAAGUGGAGAAGAGCUAUCCCUGAUGAUGACUUGGAGAGACACUUUGAUUUUUACCACUCUCUCUUCACCGUGUGCUGUAACUCUCCAAGGACCCUCAUGCAUUUAUCGAGAUGUGCCAUUCGGAAAGCAUUACACAACAGAUGCCACAAAGCAAUUCCUUUGCUUUCCCUCCCAUUGUCAUUGAAAAAGUACUUGCUUUUAGAGCCGGAGGGAAUCAUUUAUUAAGCUUUAUGAGACAGCAGUUCCAAAUCCUAGAUAUUUAAGUGGACUCGCUGGGUGGACACAGUUUGCAUAAAUAAAACGGUCCUUGGGCUGAUGAUAACACUUCAGGGAUUUCAAAACACUUUACAAACACUAUGUCAUUAAUCCUAGAGUAUCAUGGUUAGGGGAAAUAAACAAGAGAUGUUAGGAAUUUUCAAAGACAAGUAUGUAUUUAGAAGGUACUGAUGUAGCAGUAGUAGCUAAUGUGCAUAGUGCUCUUAUGAGGUGCCUGAUAUAUUUUGUGAAACUUUUCAUAUAUUAUCUCAUCUGAAAUGGGACCCAAGUUUUCCUACAACCUAUUUCAUUCUCUACCUUAUCAAUAAUAAGUUUACAUUACUGUUCAGUUCGUAAUCUAGCAGAUUUUGUGAGUGACGUCUCCGCCCAUGACCAGUUAGCAGUCAUUACUGUCACUAGAUUGCAGACUCCUAUUCCCCAAACCAAGCUCCUCAACUUGUUUAGGGAAGAAUGCCCAUGAGUGUAGUCAAAAAAGGAGAUCCUUGAGUGAAAUUAGAGAUGAGAGAGAAAGACCAGUCCACUUAAUAGUCAGGAAUGGACGUUUCAGCACACACUCAUUGAGCCAGGCACUGGAGAUGCACAGGUAAGUCCGACGUGACUCCUGCCCUCCAGGGUCUCACCCUUUAGCCAAGGAUCCAGACAUACAAGCAGGUGACUGCUGUAUAAAGUGACGGGACAAGAGUACAGGUGCAGACUUAUUUAGUGCUUACCUUUCAAAGGUGUACUUUUGAUGUGACAUGUGUGGUUUUUUUCCUUGAAGCAUGAACACAAAGAGUAAAGGGAUUGUAGAGGUACCUCCUCCUUUUAUUAGGGUAAAUGCAUUUAAGUUUCUUCAAAUGUCUAGAAAUUGCUUUGUUUUAGUACAGUUUCCAAUUAGCCACUUCCCAGACUCUGAGAAAAAUACUGCGUACUCAGUGACUCUCUGUAUAUGACAAGGAAGUCUAGAGAAGUGGGGGAAGGGAAGAUUUAGUUGAUUAUUGUGGUCUUUUUAUGUAGCAGAGUAGCAUUUAAGCUGAAAGAUAAGUAAAUAGAAAGACUUUUUGAAAACAGUAAACGUUUGAGAAACUUGGUAAGAUAGAUGUGCUAAUCAGACUCUCUAGUUUGUGUUUUUCAGAAAGAAAAAAUGUGGAGAGUUCACCUCUGGGCCUCUGGCUUAUAAGGCCAAGUUUGCUUCAUGUUUUUGUUCUUGCUAAUCACUUUUAGAUAAACUCAUUGCUCUUGGCAUCACUUUUUUAGAGGCUACAGCAGAAGUGUUGAAGCAAACGAAUCUAUUUGCCAGUUUUGAGCAGCUUUCUUCUAUCUGUGUGGUCCUCCAUCUUAUUCAGCCUUGGAUGCAUGAGUGUUGAAUAGGGACGCCGUCAAAUAUUCCACUAGAUUACCACUAGGGUGUGCUUCUAGACUGGGAUUCUCUCACUCCCGGUGCUGUGUAGAGAAAACAUGAGUGGAUACAAUCAUCUUUCUAAGUAUUGUUUUUACUCAGCUAAUUUGGGGAAAAUAUUUUGUGUGGAAACAGGAUCUCUAUCAUGGAACAGAAAGCCGAACUUGUAUGAAUUACUCAUAUAAAGCAUGAUCCUUCAAAGAGUAGUUUGCUUGAGGGUUGUAGACAUGACUCAAGUGUAGAGUGUUUGCCUAGCAAAUGGAAGCCUAUGAGCUCAAACCCCAGUACUGCCAAAGGAGAAAAAUGUAUAUAUAUUCACACAAAAAAGUAGUUUGCUUGAGCAAGUGGUAUUAGAACAUAUCCCAGAAUAUUGGAAGGGUUGCAAGCUUCUCUCCAUCUUCAGGAACAUUCUGGCAGAAAAAAAAAUUGUGAUCCAGUGACUUAGGACAAGUAAGGUAAUGUUGAGGGCAAGAGAAAUUGAUGUUCUUCACAUGGGGAAAUAAAUACGUUUUUCUAUUGGCUUGCUUGUGUUUAAACAUCUGUAUUAAUCUGGCAUAGAAUGUGUGGCCACUUGUUUUGAAUUGUUUACUUGUGGACUUACCGUGAUUGUGAUUUUUUUCCUCAUA